AUGGGCCCGCUGUGGGAACGCCACCGCGGGUGCUCAGUCAUCCCGUUCGCCGCAGAUCAAUUGACGGACUCGUCGCACGACUGCAUCAGGGAACGCUCCGCUCGGCAUUGUUCCGCGUCGAGAAAUUCCGAAUUCGCGGGUUCGGAAUUCGAAAGGGAAAAAGCGGGAAAUGUCGAACGAAACGCGGGGAAGGCGCGGGCACGGGGAGGUGGGCGUGGCGGGGCGGGGCGGGGCCCUAGCGCGCACAUGUUCCACAGAAUCAAA